CCCUAACCUUGCCGGAGCAUCUCUUCCCUUUCUUCUUCCCGUGCUCUGCUCGUCGAUUCGAUCCUUUCCAGUGGCAAGCUCUCUGCUUCCUUUUCAGCUCAAUUAGUUGAACCGGAGAAGUAAUUGAUUCAGACGUGUUCGUGGCCGGAGAAUUAUGCACGGCAAGAAGAAAAAGGAUGGUUCUGUCAAACCGGCGGCCGAUGCGCCAGUGACCGUCCCGACCAUCAGGGAGAUUAGGAAAGACGUUCAGUACCUCGUGAACCAGCAUACUUUGUGGAAGGACAAGAAUCAACAAGAACGAGAGAAGAUUGCUCAGCUGGGUGGAAGAAAACCCAAGGGGGAGAAGAGAACAUUAGCUGUGCACCUACAAAUGACGAAGAAGAAGAGGGAAAGAGAACGAAGACAACUACAAAAGAAUUUGAAGCACGGGCUAUCGGGAGGGAAUUCUUGGGAUGCAAGUCACUCUCUUACGACCACAAAGAGUGGCGAAAGUAAGCACAAGCCCAAGGACAGAGCAUUGAAGUGCACCGCAGGACAUUUUAGGGGAGGAGUCCUCAACGUGAAGAAUCUGUUGCAGCCUAAUUCAUCUUCGAGAGAAGGAAGAGACAAUACUAUUCCAACCGCUUACAGCAGAAAAGGCAAGAAGAGGAAGGGCGGUGGCAAGAAGAAAGGCAAAGGUGGACGUUAAAACCGUCCCUAACCAUCGGAGCAAACCUGCAAUUGCAGAUACUUUCUAGCCGGUGUAGAGUGCUAAUAGGUCGACGUGGAUAAGUUUAUUAGCAGUUGUUUCUCCCCGGGGAAUCAUUCGAUUCUCUUUCUUUUAUUCUAAGGAGUUGUUCAGUUGUGAACACCGGUUACAAUGUUGUGUCAAAUAUAGAUUUUUCUAUACAGAGCACUAAUUUCUGCAAUCGGCUUAAUGUAAAGUCCUGUGGUUUUGCGAUUCUGAUCAGUGAUCAGUUCACAUGUGUUGCAUCGAGUCGGACUUUCCUUUCUACUUGUAUUGUUAAUUUUUAUGACCUAAUUAAAUCCAAUCUUCUUAUUUUGUUGA